AUGGAAGGUAAAAAGCAACAAAAGCAUUUUGUUCUAGUACAUGGUGUUUGCCAUGGAGCUUGGUGCUGGUACAGGCUACAAUCCCUGCUGGAGGCGGAGGGCCACCGCAUCACGGCGAUUGACCUUGCAGCCUCCGGCAUCAACCCAAAAAAACUAGAUGAGCUUCGCACAUUUUCCGACUAUACACAGCCAUUAUUCGAGGUAAUGGAGUCCAUUCCACCACACGAAAAGGUAGUUCUAGUUGGUGGCAUGAAUGGCUUUUGCAAUGGAGAAAUAUCCUCACAAGAUUUCUGUUGCUGUUUUUAUUACGGCUAUCAUGCCUGA